UCAGACACAGAGAGGAAGCAAAAGCAAACAGACCGACAAGUAAAACAUUUAGAUUAUAAUUAUAGGGGCCAACGACUUUGAAAGGCUUAUUGUCAGUAAGAUUGAGAGAGGCUACUAAGAGGUAUUUUUAACAUGCGAAGGACAACGCCAAAGCGACAGACCCGAUUCCCACCACCAUUCGUUGAGAUAGCUUCAACUGCAACAGGGAUCCCAGAAGUGAAAAGGAAUGAGGUGUACAAGGUUCUGCCGGAGAUCCAGACUGUUUGUGACAUGUGUGUGUAUGACAAAAAGCCAGCAUUGAAGACCUGCAUCAAAUGUGAGAUGUCCAUGUGUGCCCAGCACUUGGAACCGCAUCUGACAGUGCCAUUGCUGCUGCAGACACAUACCCUGACUGAACCCAUAGCACCGGGGGCUGGGGGAGUUGGGGCAGCCACCAAAUGCCCCCAACAUGGUAAGAUUCUUGAGUACUACUGCUUGGACGACCUAACCAGUGCGUGCAUGUCCUGCGCCAUCGAGGACCAGCACCGUGUCCACAACAUGAAAACCCUGCCUAAGGCACACAAAGAGCUGGGAGAGAAGCUGAAGGAAGAGCAGAAGAAGUUGGCCCAGAGAGAGAGACAGAUUCAGGAACUAGGGAAGUGGGAUAAGGAGCAGAGGGAGAGGUUGUCUAGCUCCAGUGUCCGGCUCAUCGAGGGAGUGUCCGUCCUGCGCGACAGCGCCCUAACCAGCGUCAAGACCUCCGUCUCAGCUCGCAUAGUGUCCAUCAAUACCUCCAAGAGGACCAUGCAGGCUGCCCUGUCUGAUGGGGACUCCUUCCGCUUCCUCCAGGGUUAUGCAGGGGUGCACCAGGCUGUGGAGAAUGCCCGUGCUGUGGAUCUGAGGAAGGGGCUGGAGCCUGGGGCCGACCAGGACAGGCUGGUCCAGGAGCUACAGCAGAUUGGAGGAGAGCUUGUGGAGCAGAUGACACAGCUUUGGAGUUCUCUGCUGGCUCUGGUCGACCCCAAAAAACCCCAGAAAGCACAGGGUUCCACCACGAUGACCUUUGACCCCAAGAGCUUGGGAAGGGGAAUGUCUCUUUCCCAGGACCACAGAAAAGUGUUCUACACCCCGCUUGCCAAACUCACCACCCAUACUCUUCUGUGCCAGGAUAGCGGCUCUGAUGCCAACCCUAGGUGGGUGGUCAAACUAUCUGAGGACUGUGAUUGGACCAUUGGCUUAUGUGUCAACGUUUCUUCUUCUGGGAAUGCCAACGUGUUUGCUCUGCGCUGGCAGAAGGGCCAACUGAGUUCACAGGCAGACUUAAAGUCUCAGUUAAUCUAUCUUCCUGGGAAAACUGCAGCUCAACCUGAAACAAUACCCCGUCCCAUAGAAUUAGAAGUGUUCUGGGACAAAACCUCCAACCCACCAUCCCUGUCCUUCUACAGCAGGGGCAGAUAUCACCAGAGGACGGAACUGCACAGAAUGGAGAUGGAGCAUCAUCAAGGUGGCCUAACUCCCUUCGUCUCCCUGGGAACAGGAAGUAGCCCAGCCAGAGCCAGACAGUCCAGUAUCCGAGGUUUCAGUCAGUUAAAUGACUAUAAAGAGUACGGUUUCUAUGGAGCGAACAUUCAGCCAGAGCAGCAGUGGGGGUGCCCAUGUGGAGCGGUCCAUGAACAUCCCAAGAUUCAGCAGACUCAGCAGUCUUUCUAUCGCCAGCAUGUGUCUCAACAGGAUCCAAUGUGCAAAUGUAAGAGAGUUAUCGGUACACCGUAUAUGGGGAUGUUCUGUGAACUGGUGUAAUGUCUACACUCUUAGAAAAAAAGUUGAUAUUCAAAUCUUAAAAGGUUCUUUGUCUGAAGAACCUUUGAAGAACCAGUUUUGGUUGCAGGUAGAACUCUUUGGGGCUCCAUGUAGAAGUUUGGAUCCUGGCUAGUGUUAAAAAAUAAUUGUGGGAAACUUUUUUCUUUUUUUUCCCAGUGAGGGGCUCAGAUUACAGACAGGUGUGUAAACAGAAAGACAUUAAAAAAAUACAUAAUAAAGAAUCGAAAGACAGUAGAACAUAAGAACAAGAUUACUAGCCAAAACACCAAACUAAAACAAAUGGUUAAUUAUUUCAAAUUAAUUCAUUCAUUAAGGAGUCUGUAAUUCUUCUGUAAAUUAUUUUCUUAUAGUUUACAACAUUUUUAUACAUUGUCAAUUAUGAAAUUACAUGAGAUAGUACACAACAGAGUACAGUUGAUAUAUUAUUGUACAAUAAAUCUUGUAAAUAGUCAGUUGAUUUAAUGUUAAUGCUGAUGUUUCUGUUCAGAUAUUUUCAACUGGGUAAUUAACAGGUCAAACAGGUCUAACUACAUCCUGAAUUUCUUAACAGUUUGACAUUUUAACAAACAGUACAAUUAAUAUCUGUACUGUAUUUUGUAUAUAUGGGUGGAUCUUUAAUUGUCAUGUGAGAUUUAAUGUUAAAAUUAUGAAAAAUAAACAAUGAACUCUAAAGCAC